AGACUCCACAGCUCCGCCUGGUGGACGGGGGCAGUCGCUGUGCAGGCAGAGUGGAGAUCCUUCACCAGCAUUCCUGGGGCACUGUCUGUGGUGACAGUUGGGACCUGAAAGAUGCCCACGUGGUGUGCAGACAGCUGGGCUGUGGAGUGGCCUUCAAUGCYUUGCUUUAUGCACAAUUUGGAAAGGGAUUGGGGCCCAUCUGGCUGACAGAGCUGGCGUGCACAGGAGAGGAGGCCUACUUGUGGAAUUGCACUGCCCUGGGCUGGGGAAAGAACAACUGUGGGCACUCUAAAGAUGCAGGAGUCAUCUGCUCAGGAUUUGUGCAUCUGGUUGGAGGAUACGGACCUUGCUCUGGGAGAGUGGAAGUGAAUUCUGGAGGAGAGUGGAUCCCAGUAUCUGAUGGGAAUUUCACAUUAGCCACAGCCCAGGUCAUCUGUGCAGAGCUGGGCUGUGGCAAGGCUGCAUCUGUCCUGGGGAACCUGCCCUUCAGAGAGGACAGUGAACAGAUCUGGGCUGAAGAGUUCCAGUGUGAGGGGAAGGAGCCUGAGCUCUGGUUCUGCCCCAGAGUACCCUGUCCUGAAGGCAGCUGCCCCCACAAAGGAGCUGUGCAAGUUGUCUGCUCAGGAUAUACAGAUGUUCGGCUCAUGAAAAAUGGCAGUUCUCAGUGUGAGGGUCAAGUGGAGAUGAAGACCUCUGGAGGCUGGAGAACACUCUGUGCCUCCCACUGGAAUAUGGCCAAUGCCAAUGUUGUUUGUCGUCAGCUGGGCUGUGGAGUCGCCAUCUCCACCCCAAAGGGAGAGUACUUUGUGGAAGGAGGAGAUGAGAUCUGGAGAGACCGAUUUCACUGCUCAGGGUCUGAGUCCUUCCUGUGGAAUUGUCCUGUGUCUGCCCUGGGUGUUCCUGCCUGUGCCCAUGGAAACACAGCCUCUGUGGUCUGCUCAGGAAACCAGAAGCAGAUGCUACCCCAGUGCAAUGACUCCUGGUCAGACCCAGCAGGCUCUGCAGCCUCAGAGGGCCAUACUGCCAACUGCUCAGACAGCAGASAGCUCCGCCUGAUGGACGGGGGAAGUCACUGCACAGGGAGAGUGGAGAUCCUGCAGCAGGGCUCCUGGGGCUCCAUCUGUGAUGACAGCUGGGACCUGAGUGAUGCCCACGUGGUGUGCAGACAGCUGGGCUGUGGAGUGGCCCUGGAGGCCACCAUCUCUGCUCACUUUGGAGAGGGAUCAGGGCCCAUCUGGCUGGAUGAGCUGAACUGCACAGGAGAGGAGACCCAUGUGUGGCAGUGCCCUUCCCAGGGCUUGGGGAAGCACAACUGCAGUCACAAGAAGGAUGCAGGGGUCAUCUGCUCAGACUUCCUGGCUCUCAGGCUGGUGAGCGAGGACCAGGAGUGUGCUGGGUGGCUGGAGAUUUUCUACAACAACACCUGGGGCAGUAUAUGCCAAAGCCCCAUGGAACCUGUGACCUUGUCUCUGAUCUGCAGACAGCUUGGCUGUGGGGAUACUGGGACUCUGGAUUUCUUGGUAUCCUCGAGGGAAGGUUCUAGACCCCGCUGGGUGGAUGGAAUUCACUGUCGAAAAACUGACACCUCUCUCUGGCAGUGUCCUUCUGACCCCUGGAAACAUCAAUCUUGCUCACCAAAGGAGGAAGCUCAUAUCACAUGUACAGAGAGCCCACAGCUCCGCCUGGUGGAUGGUGGCAGUCGCUGUGCAGGCAGAGUGGAGAUCAUUCACCAGCAUUCCUGGGGCACUGUCUGUGAUGACAGCUGGGACCUGAAUGAUGCCCACGUGGUGUGCAGACAACUGGGCUGUGGAGUGGCCUUCAAUGCCUUGCUCUAUGCACAAUUUGGAGAGGGAUCUGGACCCAUCUGGCUGACAAAGCUGGCGUGCACAGGGAAGGAGGACUAUUUGUGGAAUUGCCCUGCCCUGGGCUUGGGAAAGAACAACUGUGAGCACUAUUAUGAUGCAGGAGUCAUCUGCUCAGGAUUUGUGCAUCUGGUUGGAGGACAUGGACCUUGCUCUGGGCGAGUGGAAGUGAAUUCUGGAGAAGGAUGGAUUCCAGUAUCUGAUGGGAAUUUCACAUUAGCCACAGCCCAGGUCAUCUGUGCAGAGCUGGGGUGUGGCAAGGCUGCAUCUGUCCUGGGGAACCUGCCCUUCAGAGAGAACAGUGAACAGAUCUGGGCUGAAGAGUUCCAGUGUGAGGGGCAGGAGCCUGGCCUCUGGUUCUGCCCCAGAGUGCUCUGUCCUGCAGGCAGCUGCCCCCACAGAGGGGCUGUGCAAGUUGUCUGCUCAGGAUAUACAGAUGUUCGGCUCAUGAAAAAUGGCAGCUCUCAGUGUGAGGGUCAAGUGGAGAUAAAGACCUCUGGAGGCUGGAGAACACUCUGUGCCUCCCACUGGAAUAUGGCCAGUGCCAAUGUUGUUUGUCAUCAGCUGGGCUGUGGAGUCGCCAUCUCCACCCCAAAGGGAGAGUACUUUGUGGAAGGAGGAGAUGAGAUCUGGAGAGACCGAUUUCACUGCUCAGGGUCUGAGUCCUUCUUGUGGAAUUGUCCUGUGAGUGCCCUGGGUGUUCCUGCCUGUGCCCAUGGAAACACAGCCUCUGUGGUCUGCUCAGAAAACCAGACCCAGCUGCUGCCCCAGUGCAAUGACUCCUGGUCUGACCCAGAAGGUUCUGCAGCCUCAGAGGGCCACACUGCCAACUGUUCAGACAGCAGACAGCUCCGCCUGGUGGAUGGGGGAAGUCACUGCACAGGGAGAGUGGAGAUCCUGCAGCAGGGCUCUUGGGGCUCCAUCUGUGAUGACAGCUGGGACCUGAGUGAUGCCCAUGUGGUGUGCAGACAGCUGGGCUGUGGAGUGGCCCUGGAGGCCACCAUCUCUGCUCACUUUGGAGAGGGAUCAGGGCCCAUCUGGCUGGAUGAGGUGAACUGCACAGGAGAGGAGGCCUACAUGUGGCAGUGCCCUUCCCAGCACUGGGGGCAGCACAACUGCAGUCACAAGAACGAUGCUGGGGUCAUCUGCUCAGAGUUCCUGGCUCUCAGGCUGGUGAGCAAGGACCAAAAGUGCUCUGGGUGGCUGGAGAUUUUCUACAACAACACCUGGGGCAGUGUCUGCCACAGCCCUAUGGAACCCAUGACCUUAUCCAUGAUCUGCAGACAGCUUGGCUGUGGAGACAUUGGGACUCUGGAUUUCCUGAUUCCUCCCAGAGAAGGUUCUAGGCCUCACUGGGUAGAUGGAAUCCACUGUAGAGAAAUUGAUACCUCUCUUUGGCAGUGUCCUUCUGACCCCUGGAAACACCAAUCUUGCUCUGCAAAGGAGGAAGCUCAUAUUACAUGUACAGAGACCCCAAAGCUCCGCCUGGUGAAUGGUGGCAGUCGCUGUGCAGGCAGAGUGGAGAUCCUUCACCAGCAUUCCUGGGGCACUGUCAGCUCAACUGGGACCUGA